ACACUAACUCCCAGUCGUGGAGUGGUUGUCAACAGCUCAACAUACUCCUCUCUCUCCCUCUCCCUCUCUCUCUCGCACGCACCAACAAGCGGAUUGAAGUCUGAUGGCGAGGCGAUACGAUGCCGACCCCUUCCACGAGGAAGACGUCAAUCCCUUCGCACAGGAUCCUGGUGUACGAGGAAAAGCAGCUGGAUCAAAUUAUGGUGGAGGAAAACUAAGUUCAACAGAUCUGAAGACAAAGGAAAGGGAGUUACAAGCCAAGGAGGCAGAGUUAAAUCAGAGGGAAAAGGAAUUGAAAAGGAAAGAAGAGGCUGCAGCACAAGCUGGAGUUAUUAUAAAUGAGAAAAACUGGCCACCUUUCUUUCCUAUUAUUCAUCAUGAUAUCGCAAAUGAGAUACCAAUCCACCUGCAAAGAUUGCAAUACCUUGCGUUUGCCUCAUUGUUAGGUCUAACGUUGUGCUUAUUCUGGAAUAUCAUAGCAGUUACAACUGCAUGGAUUAAAGGACAAGACGUCAAGAUCUGGUUUCUUGCGAUUAUAUACUUCAUCUCAGGUGUUCCUGGUGCAUACGUAUUAUGGUACAGGCCUCUUUAUCGUGCUAUGAGGACGGAAAGCGCAUUAAAUUUUGGAUGGUUUUUCCUCUUUUACUUGCUUCAUAUUGCUUUUGUCAUAUAUGCUGCUGUUGCUCCUCCAAUAUUUUUCAAGGGAAAAUCUUUAACAGGUAUCUUGCCAGCAGUGGAUCUUAUCGGUGACAAAGUUUUGGUUGGGAUCUUCUAUUUUGUUGGAUUUGGUUUGUUCUGCCUGGAGGCGCUGAUCAGUGUUUGGGUCAUCCAGCAAGUGUACAUGUACUUCCGCGGGAGUGGAAAGGCAGCAGAGAUGCAGCGUGAAGCAGCACAAGUCGCCAUGAGAGCGGCGAUAUGAAUAUCAUCGUUGUCAGUGCUCUCUCGACCAAGCGUGUAUUUGAUCUGUGCUCUAGUUUGCUUGUUUCUUCUCGGUCAUUCAUGCAAGUCAUCAUACCAUUCAGGUUUUGGUUGCUCGAGUCACAUAACAGUUUUCGUCGUUUAUUUUCAUUUGGGAAUCAUCUAGUGCGUGUAUAGCUCUUCUCCAAAGCCCUGUUCUUACUCAUCCUUGCUAUCUUCAGUUUUCCCUGUAAAUUUGUGGUGUGUUUGUUAACGAGUUAUGAUCCAUAUUUAUUUGUUGUUACAUGCAAUGCUGGUUAGAACAUAUCUAGAAUCAAAAUUUUAAUGCAGCAUUAGACUAUCA